AUACGCAGUCGUGUCCAAUAGUUGGUCCAAGUAAGAUGCUUACGGUUGCCAAUGCGCAUGCGCGAUUAGAGAGAGAAAGCUAGCAGUAUCUCAUCUUCUUUCUCUUUCUAUUAGAGGGAUACUUCCACUUGUAGUAGUGUAUAUCUUCCCUACUUACUUUACUUGGUUCUUAUACCACUAUGGUUGCAGUAAAUAAAAGGAAUACUCUCGGAACAAGAUUACUCUUAACGUCAUUUCAGAAUUUUGACGUUUCCUUUUUUUUCAAACUGACUAUAGAAAAAAUCCAAGAAACGAAAACAAUUCGGGAAUACUGGCGAAAUCCAUUAAUACUCAAUCUCAACCAUAUCAAAGGAAGAAGGACGAGAAAAAGGGGAGUUUAGUUCGAGUAUUUACCUAGUUAUUCUUUACUAUACCAUGGUAUCGAGAAUACUCCCUUGUCCAGCGUUGGGUCGCAUACGGCUCGCCUGCGUAGAAGACGCUCCUGUUGUGUUGGAUCUGGUGAACGAGUCCAUCGCUGCUAAUUUUCGCGUCUCCGAUUUGAAUGAUGUAAUUUAUUUGAUAGAGAACUGUAUUUUGUCAAUUUGUCAACUUGAUGCCAACGACGAUGUUGUGGGUUUUCUGGCAGCUAAAGAUCAUCCUCUUCUGCCUUCGGUGCACCCAACCGCCUGGGAGUAUUACUUCUGGACUAAAUACAAAGCUAUAGAGAUGAGGGCUCGUAACACGCUGUUCAUACAUCUGCUUUGUUGGAAGCCCUUGUACGCACGCGAGCUUGUGGACAGCCUCCUGAAAUCAAUGUUCAUGCACGAUCCAUACCUACAGUUCAUUGCAAUGAUUAGAACGGUCCGAUCCCAGCCACUGCUAGUACCGGGUCAGUCGCGAGCCGAAGGGUCUUUCAAGCGACUGCAGGCAGUUGAAAAGGGAGUGCCCGGUGAAAUGUUACCAGCGUUGUGCGUCGCUGAACGCAAUGAAGUCAGUCCGCGGCUGCGCAUCAGGAGGGCUGUAGAGGAAGAUAACGACGACAUAGUGCCGAUACUAGAAAGACAGACGCCGCGUUUACAAAAGAUUUACGGGGAGUUUUACAUUAGCGAGCUCAUAUCACGACACCCGGAGUCCGAGAGAGUGUUACUGGUCUGCGAGCACAAGGAGUUGGCCGUGGGCGUGAUGUGCCUCAACACGCAGAUCAACUUCGAGUCGCUCGAAGAGAGCUUUGACCUGUCUCCGUUUGGGGGGCUGCGGCACUCUGGGUGUGACAUCUACAGGCAGUUGGGAACUUGCCCGUCGACGCGGGACAUGGCCUCUUACUUGAGCUUGACCAAUGUUAUGUCAAUGGAUCGAAUGGCCCAGAUGUCAAUGCACAUAGAACAAUGCGUGAAGCGGAUGCAGGAGGUGAAGUUUAAAAAAGGCUAUGUGGAAAACUAUCCUAUCAACGCGGAUGACUUUAUGGACUUCGGUACGGACAAUCCGACGUCGAUGAUCGUCAACAAGGAAUCAUUAUCCCCACCUCGGACGCUCGUGAAGCAAGUCGUAGAAGAUCAAUCUUACCUUGAUAUGUUCGAUGAAGACGAGGAGGAACUCGAAUUUGAUAUCAUCAAUAUUGAUACUGAUCUAUUGAAGGUGCCGAAAAUACUCACCUAUGACGGUUUGGGAAGGGGGUUGGCCGAUAGCAUCAUGAAAAUAUUAGAUGAAACAGCGAAACAUAAAGAAGUACCUGCAGAGGAUAAACCUACCAGGAAAGAAAAACGAGCGGUGGCGACGACUGUUCAGGCGGCUAAGCAACCCUCCAAAUUGCCCGAGCCGCAUCGUUUCUCGGGCCCAUCCAACGCGUUUCUGCUGGAAUUGUUUGCCAUACACCAGGAUUACGACGAAAGGUAUGGUUUCGACAUGCUAGAAGCAGCUUACGAGUUGUUCCCAGACCGGGAUUACUGCAUCCUGUGCUUACCAUCAAACCAUCCCCCUUUCCCACUACUGGAACACUUUACGCUGGUCGCAUCGUAUAGUACAAAAGUGAGAUUCAUCAAUGAAACUUUGUACGUGGCUCAUGUGAAUUCCGUCAGAGGUGAGAUCGCUGUGCGCCCUGGGGAGGCGAGCGACAUGGUCUUCUUGAACGACAUUUUGGAGCACGCACCGAGAGCCAAUUCCCUUCUCGACUUGUUCAGUUCGUCGCUCAAUUCACACAGAAUUGAUUCCUUCAUACUACUCAGCCAAAAGCAACCCAUCGGAAUGGUUAUUCUCGGUUCCUUGGAAGCUGGUUCUUCUAUACGGACUCAGUACAAAUUGGCGUCAGAACCACGAGCUCCUAGGACCGAUGGCACGGUGUUAGCUGGCGUGAUGUCGCCGGCGUUUGAGCCGCACGCGCGCUGGUACAUGCGUGACGUGUUGCGGCAUUCACAUUAUUCGUCGCUCUUCUGGAUCUGCAGACUGUUCGCCAGAGGCGACGUGAGUCCCAACCGUAACCUGAUGUCAUUGGCCGGUCAUAUGGUGCCGGUGACUCCGCGCCGUUCCAUACCCAACAUCAGUGGCAACAAGUGCCUUGAUAUCGUCUUCCAGAACGACACCACCCCGUUUGCUCUGUGGAUGAUGGAGCGACCGCUGACGAGUCUUCCGAAGGUGACGGUCAACAAUAGCAUCGUGGUCGUCGGCGCCAGUAGAACUGGCCUGGCGUUUCUAGAGGCAUUGAUUAUGGGGCCGGCCAGCAAGUACUUGACGUUCACGAACAUCACGCUGGUGUCAGAACAUGGACUGCCCACAGUGGGGGAAUGUCUGAAGGCCGCAAAGACAUGUGUCCCUCAGGAGGGACGAUACUCUGACAGAUAUCUGAGGAGCGUUCCCUUUUAUUACUAUGUGGAUUUUAUGACAGCGGUCAUGACGGGGAUCGACAGGAAAACGAAGUGCAUCCAGCUGAAAGGUGGCGGCGUGAAGUUCUACGACCAGCUCGUGCUGACGUGCGGCCACCAGCACCAGCACCCGGAGUAUCUGCACGAAGCUUUGGAGAUUGUCAAGGAGGUCGAGAAAGGCAAACCGUGCGAACGGAUCCUGAUGGAUAACCCCGAGUACCAGCCUGACAAAGUGAGCCUCCCUCCCGACCCGCCUGAAAACCUGAUGCUGAUCAACUCCAUCUUGCAAGCCCAUAUCUGCAUGAGGAGGUUGCUGCGAAUGAUGAGCGACGACAAAGUAACAAAUAGGCGUCUUAGUGAAGAUAAUACUGUAGUCGUUUACGGUGAAUGCGUAGAGGCGUACAACUGUUUGGCUGCCUUGCUUGAAUUGGGCUUGGCCCCGGAUAAGAUCACGUUUGUAGAGGCAUUUCCCCCAGAAGACAGCUCCAGGCUAAGGGUUAACUGCUUCAACGAUGAAACGGUGGAUGGCCGUAUCCAAGCUAGUAUAGAGAAGCUGGGCAUUCGUGUAUUGCGUCGCUGUACUCUGGCAGGCUGGCGGCAGCUGGAUUCCCGUAUCAAUGCUAUUCAUCUUAUGAAGCCUAUGCAAGCGGUGCGACUGCCCUGCUACGCCUUCUUCUACUACGGACUGAAAGCCAUCGAUAUAAACGCCUUUAAAGCGAUAAACGAGAGCGGCUUAGUUUACGACGGUGGGUUAGUGAUCGGCCCAGAGUUUGAGACCAACGAUCCGAACAUUUACGGCGCCGGCCCGUGCUGCCGCUACUCGCGCCGUCUCUACGCCGACCGCUUAGAACAUCAGUACUACUGCUCGGAGGAAGUCGGUGAAGCCUUAGCGACAAUAUUUUUGGACAAAUUGGACCCCUUUGUAUCAGCAGACCCUAAAGCAAGUAGAGGCAAUUCUGAACUGUUCCCUAAAUAUAGCGCGAGCUUUAUCAGUUUAAAAAGGUCCCACGGUUGCUUUAAAGUUACGAAUGCUGAUACACCAGGGCCAUCAAGAAGAUGGCAACCAGUUAUGAAAUUCGAGUCUCCAAUAGUACAGUAUUCUGUACUCCCUGGCCAACUUCAUUACAUGAAAGUGAGAAAACCUGGUCCUGAGUUACCCAUGGAGGUGCAGUUGUGUUUACCGCUUCAGGGUCACACCCUGGUUACGGAUAAACGUGGGAAUUUUUUUCGUUUGCAUUUAAAUUCUCUGCACUGCGUAGACGCCAUAACUUGCCUCUCCAAGAAGAGUUUCUGCCCGGAGCUUUAUUCCCAGCUGUAUGGGAAACACGAGGCGUUCUUUAACCACCUCUUGCAUCGGUAUCAGUCUAAUGAGAUCGAUGACCUCUUCGAGUUCUUCAAGCAGCCGUGGAUGGCGGCGAUGUACCAAGAGACUUUCAGCGAUCUCCUCAAGAAUAUCAAUGAACAAAAUGUCAGAUUGGUUUCCCAAUUUAAUGAGUCCCGCCUUUCUCUGGGUGACGUUGGCAGGGCGUUGUCUUCAUUGACCACGUGCCUUUACGACAGUAGCUGCGACAUGGAACUUGAGGAUACUGAGAAACACGGUACAUUCCGCUCAGUUAUUAAUAAUUUUAUUGAAAAAAGAAGCUCUACAGAAAUUGCGCAGGCGCAGGAGUGCGGUCAGGGCGCGGGGGCGCGACACGAGGCGCGCGCGCUGUGGGUGCGCGGGGGAGGGGAGGGGGCGGUGCGCGCGCACCUCGCGCAGUAUCUCGCGCGACACCAAGCUACCAACCCGCACUAUGCGAGGAUGAUGCCCGACUGAAACUUUACCUCGACGCCUCUAGGCGUAUACCCUGUAUACAGGGUUAAUUUUAAAACACCAAAAAACGAGCAAGCCUUACAGUAGUCGCGCAUGAUGUGUAACAUUUGAAACCUUACCUUAUAUUUGUAAAAAAAGAAAUACAACCUACUACAAAAGGAAUAAGCUAUUUGAACAUGUUCUAAAAUCAAAUCAAAUAGCGCGCGCUUCCCAAACUUCCUGUUACACACUUCCAUUCCACUUCACGUAUUCACUCCCAAAUUGCACGAAAGCAAGAGGAAAGAUGUCACACAUCAACAACUUCUUAGGUGGUGAUUCUACCCAUCAACAGGAAUAACUUUUAUUAUAGGACCAACUCUGAAAUCGUGAAAAAAAAACAGAUGUUUCAUACAUUUCGGUCGACUAAGCGGAUGUACUAUUGUAUGAAACAGCAGCAUAUUUUUUUUUCGCGAUUUCAGCGUUGGUCCCAUAAUAAAAGUUGUUCAUGUUGAUGGGUAGAAUCACUCCCUAAGAGGUUGUUGGUGUUUUAAAAUUAACCCUGUAUACUUAAGAAUCCACAGAGCGAUAUUUUCCUGCGCACGUCGAGGCUGCGGUACCGCAACUCGCAUAGAAUAUGAAAUUGUAGGUAGAGGCAAAAACUCACGACGCGAUUUGCGUCUGCAAAGCGCGCGCGGGUACGUGAUCCCGCAGAAAACGGCGGUCUCGUGAGUUUUAAAACAAUACAGUUCUGCGGUUGCUCGCGGCCGGUGCGGGAAAAGCCGCUCAGUGAGUUCUUAGCCUAAUUUCUAUAUAGUGCGAUUCAAACUAAUGGGGACUGUAAAGUUAACGAAAGUUGCGGCACUGGCUGAGUAAACGAACUGUAGGGUGAUGGUGGGAUGUCACUGAUUCAGUUUGUUACCUGCGUAUUAUUAUUAUAUUCUGUCAUUGUUGCGUUCGCUGCUAACUUCACUGCCUUAAAUUUUGAAUCGCACUGU